UAGCAAAGAUGGCGGACGGUAUGAGUGGAAAUUUGACGUGGAAGGAAAAUUUUGACAUUUAUCUUCGAAAGUUUGUGAUAUACGUCGGCAAAAAUCCACGCGAAUUUGUUAGCUAUGUUGUCGUCAUUUUAUCUCCAAUGAUGCUUAUAUGUGGGUAUCUUUCCUGGAAACUUAUUCAGCUUACAAAUCAAGAGGAGAAAGAAAAAAAGCGCAAAGGAAAGAUUAAUUCCAACAUCGCCAAGAUACGUAGAAAGAAAAAGGCGAAACCGGAAUGACUUAUCAAGAUUUUAAAAUCAGCGCUACUCAAAUUUAUGAUUAGCGUUCAAUAAUAUACACAGAAAUCAUCACCGAUGUAACAUUUUUGCUGUAUAAAAUCUCAAUGAACAGACAACUAAUUGCAGCUUUACUAGAACAUUCAUCUCUGUAUAGUCAAAGGAACAUAGAAGAUAAGUAUGAACAUUUAAAUUGAAUAUAAUCGCUUUUUUAUGUUUAUUUUGA